AUGGCUGUCUUAUUGAGCAUUUGUGCGUUAAUUUUCAUGAUCUCAAAAAUACCACAAGGCGAAUGUUCGAUUAAGCAAGCUUUCUUUCUCAUAAAUGAACAAAAAUACUUGGCAAAUCAUGCCAUCGAAACAAAACAGGCAGAGAGCGAGUUACAGUGUAGUAUGCAUUGCGUUGGAGUUGGGUCAUGUGCUUCAGUGAAUUAUAAAACCUCUGGAAUCGGUAAAGGUCUAUGUGAACUCAACAACAAGACGCUUCAAGAAAUAUCUGACCUUGAUGAAAGUAUGCAGAACCCUGAGUUCAACAAUCUUUAUAUAAUCAAAAAG